UUUUCAUUUUCCGUUUUCCGUUGUUCACUCUUUUAUUGUCUCCAUUUACACGCCAAUGUUCCCUGCAACAAAUACUAUGCUUCUGGAACUUCACAAAAGAAUCACUCACUUCAUUCCUUCAGCCUUCACUUACACAGUUACUUUCCAUCUCUCUCGAUUCCUACCAACACUCGGUUUAUGAGACUGGAAUCAUAUGAGUAAGGUUGUUUGAAAGAAAAGAGAAUUGCACAUUGAAGAUAUUUUGGGGUUGGAUUGUUGUCCGUGGAUGGAGAUAGGUACAAAGAAGAUGAAAGUCGAUAAAGAAAUGCUAAACCUCAAUGACGUGGUCAGCAUUGUGUCAAAAAAUUGUCGGUGUAACGAAUUGGAAGAGAGAAGCAAGAAAGCUGAAGGGAGGUGUGCUGAGUUAGAAUUUGAGCUUCAAAGGAAACAUAGUCAAUGUGAAGCACUCGAAGCUAAACUUAAGGCACUGGAAGCAGAUAAAUUUGCUGCUGAAGAGGAGUUGAAGGUUUUGAGGGUUUCUAGUGAGAAGCACAAAGAGGAAAAACAAAUUAGCUAUGAAAAAGAGAGAGGGGAAGCAACAAUUGACAACUUGACAGAUGAUAAUGAGGUUGUUCAGCUAAUGAUUGAAAAUAAGGUUUUGGAAUGUGAGAAGAAAAGGGCCGAGAGUGAGGCUGAGGUAUGGAAAGAUAAUUACAAGAAAAUGGAAUUACGGGCCAUACAAUUGGAGCUAGGAAGGGGUCAUGAAAGAAACGAGAAACAGGAAGCAAGCAACUGGACUACUGCUACAGUUGGUUCACAUCAAGGACCAAUCUCAAAUUCUAGAUUUCAUCCGGCAAGACAAGCCAGAAAACAGUUGAAAUUUCUAAAUGAAGAGAGUCCCUGCAAAAGGAUGGCUCCAUCCACGCCUCUUGGUGCAAAACCUGCUUCAGUCUGUGUAAUUGAUAUCACUGACAGUGAUGAUGAACCUAAUAUUAUCCAAACCUCACCUGUACUAACUCAGGGUGGUGGAAAUAUUUCUGUUCCAACAUGUUUUGUAGCCGAAAUUGAAAAGAUGUCUAACAUUGAUGGUGGAAACAAUGAAAAAGAUUUGAGUGCUGGUGAAGAUGUUCCUUUUGUUGCCACCCUUAAGAGGAAACGAACUUGUAAUGUUGUCACAAGUGAGUCUGAACAUGAUGAUGCCAAUGAUUGUGAUGAUGAUGAUGAUGAUAUGCCGAUUAGUAAGCUUAAGAGGAUGCAUAUUCCGAAAGCAGGAUCAGAGCAAGUUAAAUGUAACAUUAAUAGUUCGGCGACAACUACUACUUUUGCAUAUAACAAGACUAUAGGCACUGCAACACCUCGACGGCGCCUAGUGCCUCUUAGAAAAUGUGCAAGAGAACAAGAGUGUAAAAAGUCUUCAAAUAGAUCUAAAAAGGCCAAACAUCGAGAAAGUAUCGCAACAAAUUCUUGCGAAUCAGAGGAAGAUUUGUCAGACUCUGAAGAUGAAGGCUUGAGUGAUUUUAUUGUUGAUGAUUCCGAUGUAUCUAAUUGUGAUGAUGCAUCAAGCAAGUCGCACACUGUAUCUAACGAUGAUGGAGACUCUGAUACCAGUAACUCACAAGAUGUACCUGAUGAUGACUCAUGCUCUGAUUCCCAGGAAGAAACUGAUAGGAAAGUGGACUUUGGGAUGAUACUAUCACAAAUUCAGAGGAGGAAAGACCACAAAUCGAAGUGGGAGUAUGAAGCUGACAUGCUUGCAGCAUUUGGAAAGGAUCCUGAACUGUGUAUGAAGGCUGUCUGUGCUCUUUAUCUACAACAAACGUCUGAGGAACAGAUGAGCAGGGGAUCAAUGUAUUCCAACCAGCGGGGAUUCAGCAAGUUUGAUGCUCACAGUCUUUUGUGUCAUGGCUUCAUAGUAGGUAACAGAAAUGUUUUUGGUACUCGCACUUUUUCAUACACCAAGUCAUCUCUUUCAUUCGCCACGAGACGAGGUUUGCAACCUAAUGAUUUCAGUUCCCCAGCCCAUCUAAUGAUAAAGGAGAAGGUAGUACUUUGGCUGAGUUCCUCACUAAUGGAGAUCCUCUUGGUGGUUUGAAGAAGAGUGUGAAGGAAUUGAAGGAAUAUGAUCCCCAAGCAGUUGAACUGUGCAGAACUCUGGCCAAUCGGUACUCAAGACAAUUAUAUGAGAUCUACAAGAACAAAGAGUGUCCUUUUUUUUCUUGACACUGGCUGCUAUGGAAUCCUUUGUACUUUGGGAAAUGGAGUUAUGUCUAUAAUGAAAGCAAGUAUUCCUGUUUUGGUUCCUCUGUAUAUAUUUUGAGUAUGGUCUUUAACCCUUCAUCUGUAUCCAUAUCCAUCUAUCUACAUGUAAACUUAACCUGCAAUUUGCAAUCAUUAGAUGUUUGGUCUACCUAAAGUCUUAGGCUAUGUUAGGGAUUUUUUGUUUUAAAUGAUAGCAUAUAGCAAUCAUUAAUAGA